AUGCAUACCCCCGUCAUCCCGAGGAUCACCACUUCUCCCGCCUCGAACAAGGACACGGAUUCAACUUCGGCGCUGUCGGAGGUUCAAUUCGGGAGUGAGGAUCCGGCGCCCAAGUUGCUCGAAGAGAAGGAAGCUCAGGAGGGGAGUAUAACGGGUACAGCGCCCUCGCACGAGGAGGAUCGAACGCCAGGGGACAAGGACACACCAGCUUCGAAUGGUGGUGACGUUCAAGCGACGGCGCGCAUGACACCUAGGACGACCAAGAGUCCCGAAGAUAGUCCGACGGAUCAACUUACGCCAACGGUGAGAAGUGCACGACCGACCGUCUCUACCACGACCCGAGUGACUACGACUCGCAUGCUGCAUCACCGAGGCUACUCGUUGGACCUCCCAAGUGGAAAUGACGCUCCGGGAGGAUCAUCAACCAUUUCUGAAGGGUUCGUCAGUCCUUCGGGCUCGAUGAGGAGUCGUAGGACCUGGGCCGCGGGGGAGACGUACGAAGCGAGGAGGUUGGAGAGGAAUUUGUCCGCGCUCAGUUUUCAGAGUGCUGCAACGUGAGUUAAAUUGGCGUCGAGAAAUCCCGGUAUUUUGGUUUCAUGGGUUGCUGAAGACGUACACGAGAUUAUUUUUUUGUUUUCCUCGCAGAGCUUCGUAAGUUGAUCCGGCUGAACUCGCUUCGCUCGCGAUCAAGGAGGACUGAUGUGCUGCCAAAAAUUUUGGGGUGUAGACCUCUCGAUUUCCACGACCUCGUCCAAAGUAAGCAUCACCACGGUGUCGAAGGGUGAAGAGUCCCUCUCCGAAACUGAUUCAUGGUCCACUGCGAUAGUCUACGAAAUUGUCGCUUCCCGACGGGCCGCGUUCGACAAUCUACUCUGGAGCGUGCCGUCAACUUCGUUCGCAGGCAAGUCGGUUGAGCAACAGGCUGUUGACCAGACAGAAAGUACCCGAGGCUGAAUACACCAUCGUGCUCUAUGGUUCAACCAGCGCAAGCGUGAGUUCUCAAUCCAACUUCUCAAGCCCCUGUAACGAGCUCAACUCUUCGGAUCUCGAGAGCAGUUUCUUGUUCCAGAUCGCGCUCGGAGGCGACUCUUCAAGAUCGGCGCGCAUCAUCUCGAUGUGUCUCUCCAUCCUCAUUUCCUUUCUAACUCUGCAGGUGAGCAGAGCACAUACACUCAGAUAUUGAGUGAUAUGAUCGACCUACUGACGUGGUCCAUUGGGACUUUAGCUCUUCACGAGACAAUUACAGGCCGAGGUAAGGACAGUUUCGAUUGCCUCGCACCACCUGAUCUCUUGUGCUGACUCGGAUCUAGCUGAUGUUCAGGCAGCCGAUCAUGCGUGGCUCGAGGGUAAGAGAGCUUCUAGUGCGUUGAACACACCGAAUUGAACGGUUGGCCUCACCUCUUGCUCGGUUCCCCGUUCUUGUCCUCAGAUUGGGAAAUGGUGCGUUGCGGGGUGGUAUCAUUCAGCCGACCUUCUCAGCCUACAUUCAUUCAAAGGCAUCCACCCAUUCCCUCCACAGAGGCACAACGUGACACCGAGCGAUCGAGCACAUGGAGAAACGUGGCGCGGAUACCGAGAGAUCCUCCCCGUUCGAGCCGGGAUCUACGCUCCGCUCGCCAAGUUUCGUGGGUUCUCGUUAUGGAGUCAUGGUAUGGUCGUGAUUGGGAUGGUGGCCGUUGGUGGUAAGUUUAUAAAGGGUUUGGAUUGGGUUCAGUUCGCUGGGGGAAAGGAACACGGUCUUGAACGUUUCUGA